GCCGCCGUUGCCUUCCUCGGCUCCUCUGUCCUCUCUCAAAUUUGGACUGAUCGAUGACCGACUCUAGCCUCCUGCCAGGUGUCCGGCGCAGCUGGGUGGGCCAUGGACCAGCCGGCGGUGAUGUCAUUGAACGGCUUCCAGCAAGGAGAAGAGGGCGGGCCGGCGGCGUGCGACGGCCAGUAUCACAGCGAUGACCUCUUCCUGGUGGCGCUGACCACGGCGUGGUAUGAGAACGGCGCCCGGUGCGGGAAGCUGAUCAGCGUCAAUAGCUCCAACGGGCGAUCCCAUGAGGCUAGGGUCGUGGACGAGUGCGGCACCGGUGACGGCUGCCGCACUAACGAGAUCAGCACGUCCGUCGCUGUGUGGGAGGCACUUGGGCUCGAUACCAGCGUCGGCGAGGUAUCCGUCACCUGGUCGGACGUAAUCUGGUAAAUCUGAAUCAUCUGGUUUUAACCUCAAUAAUGUGCAUGCGUACAUGCAUGAUGUGUGCGGAUAAUCUAUUUUAUAUACCAAGUGUUAAUCAGUGUGAAGUUCGUAAUGGUACUAUAAUUAGUCUGUUUGAAACGAUCUCAGUUUGCUAUAAUAAUGUGCUUCCUUCUGUGA